ACAAUAUGGCACCUGUCUUGCGCACUUUAGGCGAACUUGUGAACUGCGUUUAUAUAAUAACUAUGAAUGACGUAUUAUUGUUUUCCACAGCUUGAAAUGUAAGAAACAUGCGCUCAAACUUGCGGCUCAGAGGCUGGAGGUGCUCUUAUCAGUCGGCUCCCAACAUUAAUGAGGCAGUGGAUAAUGAGUAUUGCUGGCACAAAAAUGCCAUGACACCAUGGAGGAGUCUGAGGACUAGAUUGGAGGACCCAGUGAGAGUAAGGCGAACACCCCCGUUUUUCUCUGGAUUUACAUCAUUUGAUGAACCAUGGAGAUCACAACACACAUCUAGUCCUUUUUUAUUCCUGGGCCGGACACGUAGCGUCCCUGAAGCUCUCCAUUGCUACAAUAGACCCACUUUGCGGUCAAGCUUCUCUUCGAUCACCAUCACCGCCCGGAGUUUGUCUCCUAAAAGGGAUUGUACAGCUUAUUCAAACUCAACCUUUCAUCCUCUUAACAUGCCUGACAGACCGCCCUCUUUCAUGGCCCGCAGUGAAAAUAAAACCCUACAAGCCAUUGCUGGCACUCCGGUGCCUCCUAGACACAAGACAGUUGUGGUGAUGGUGACCGAGAACAGAGAACGACAUUGUGCCAGCGAGACCCCCAGCAGUCCUCAAGCUCCACCAGUCCAUGAGCACAGCUACACUGAGGAAGAAGAUCAAACAGACUCUUUAAAACGUCCUAUCUUCCGCUCUUACUUUGUAUAG